GGCCAAAAGACAGACCAAAAUAGAGAGGGAAUCUUCAUACGGGAAUCACUGACACAAAAUGUACUGGACGUGACUCGAAUUAGCUCACGCCUAAUGUUGAUUAAACUCAGAAUGGAUAAACAGGUUUUGACUGUUUUCUCUGCAUAUGCACCACAGACCGGUAAAUCUGAAGACGCCAAAAAUAACUUUUGGAACACACUCUCAGAUGCUGUCAGGAAAACACCGUCAUUAGAGAUAUUAUUGAUAUGUGGCAAUCUCAACGGCCAUGUUGGA